UUAUAGGGUGCGCAGUGAAAAAAAACAAUCACGCGACAAACCGCUCAGUGGAAAAAGACACGUACUAAUUUAGGAAUCGGAGUCAAUCGGCCAGUUGCCUCGACUCGACAGUCAUCAUUAUGCAUUCGUGGUGUGUGGUGUUGUUGUCUUUAUUUUGUAUAACAACGUGCUCUUUGCAAACAGACCAAAAAUACUGGAAAUCCUUAGCGGAAAAAGAGUUGGAGGAAGCAUUGCAAGUUAGAUUUAACCUGAGAACAGCUAAAAAUGUUAUAUUAUUCGUCGGCGACGGCAUGGGUCCUAACACCGUCACCGCGGCCAGAAUAUACCGUGGUGGUGAAACUCAUAAGCUGGCAUUCGAGACAUUUCCUCAUGUCGGUCUGCUAAAGACGUAUUCCGCUGAUAAAAUGGUACCGGAUUCAGCGUGUUCUGCCACCGCCUUGUUCUCUGGUAUCAAGGCUAAUCUCGGUACGCUAGGUGUUGACGCCACCGUACCACAAUCUGACUGCGAGGCGUCUCUAAACAAGGAUGCAUGGGUAGACUCUUUAGCCGCUUAUGCUUUGAAAGCCGGGAAAAGCAGUGGCUUUGUAACAACUAUGCGUGUAACACACGCGACCCCGGCACCACUGUAUGCGCACAGCGCAUCAAGAAGGUGGGAAUGUGAGGCCAACAUGCCGGCAAAUGCCAAGCAAUGCAAGGAUAUAGCACGACAGCUCGUCGAGGACUGGCCCGGGAGAGAUUUGCAUGUAGUUCUAGGUGGAGGCAGACAGGUCUUAGUGUCUAAUUCUACAGGCACUCCUGAUGAUCCCAUCAGCGCCUGGUCAUGUUACAGACAGGAUGGAAGAGACUUGAUAGAUGAAUAUAGAAGGGACAAAGAAGACAGAAAUUUAAAAUAUCAAAUUGUUUCGAACACCAAAGAGCUUCAAAAUAUUGAUAAUAAUAUUGAUUAUUUAUUUGGUAUUUUCGCAAAUGAACACUUACAAUAUGAAUUCGAGAGAAACAAAAGUCCAGAAGGUCAGCCAUCAUUAACUGAUAUGACAAAAGCAGCUGUUCAAGUACUGAGCAAGAAUCCAAAAGGAUAUUUCCUUAUGGUAGAAGGUGGUAAAAUAGACAUGGCACAUCAUCGAGGUAGAGCAAAGACUGCUGUAGAUGAGACAGUGUCUAUGGAGCGGGCGGUACAAGUUGCAGUAGACAUGACCAGUGAUGAAGACACGCUGAUCAUCGUCACCAGCGAUCACACGCAUACACUUACCAUCAACGGGUAUCCUGAACGGGGGUCAAGUGUAUUUGGUAUCGCAGGGGUUUCUCCUUUCGAUCGUAUAAACUACACAACACUCUCCUACGGCACGGGAGGUCCAGGUUCCUUCCAAUACGAUAUAAAGACUAUAGACAAUAAGACCAGGGCUGUGAGGAAAGAGCCCAGUAAAGAGGAUACCGAGAGCUAUCAUUAUGAACAAAUAGCGGCCAUUCCACUUGAUGAAAACAGUCACGGUGGUGGGGACGUCGCAGUGUACGCUAAGGGACCCCACGCUCAUCUGUUCCACAGUGUGCAUGAACAGCACUACGUCUUCCAAGCGAUAGCGUACGCAGCCAAAAUAGGACCAUAUUCAAGUGGAUACAAAACAGAAGUCAAUAUUCUUCUACUAACAACCGCUGUAUUAUUAUUAAUUAAAUUAUUUUAA